AGUCACAUCAGGCUCAAUAGCUUGAACUGUGGCCAUGGUUACCCCCGAGACUCGCGAGGCUGACAAGGGCCGCAAAGUCCACGAGACCGACAGCACCAACUCUGAAGGUGACCUUUUGUGCGACAAGAUGGAGCAGCAGUCCGGAUCCGACUCUGAGGAUGAGUGUGUUCUUCAGCGGACCAACACUGUAAAGGCCGGCCGGACAGACGCCGAAGCAGAGGCAAGCGCAGCGCUGAAUGCAUCCAAUCCCGGAUUCCGGGUGAAGAACACCUUCAUUCAUGUGGAUGAGGAGGGACACUUCAGCAGGACCGAGUCCGAUCAGACCGCCCCAGGAAGGACAACGUCGGAUCCUUCAGGUCGCAGGGUGGCCCUGCCGCGGUGGCCCAAGCGAGACGUGGAGCCCCUGCCGGAGGCGCCCAGGUCUGACUCGGAGGAAUCUGGCGAAGAGCCAAGAACGAAGUCCAUGGAGAGGUUUGAGACCUGGGAUCACUUUGCUGCGGCGCAUUCUGCGUAUCCAGCUCCUUUGAUGACUGGAAUGGGUGUGCCUCCUAUGAUGGCUCCCAUGAUGGUGGGCAUGCAGAUGGCAGACCCGUACUGAUGUGCUUGGCCAGAUCCGAGCCAGGCAAUGGAGGCGUCAGCCCCACCUUUUGGUAUGCUGCAUAGCUUCCACAAGGAGGUCCGGGGCUUCGGCGUGGCUUCCAACGACCUGCGGCAGUUCACCAAGGGCCAGGACUACGAAGGCCGCUUGUCGGUGAUCUCCGGAUCCGAAGUGCAGAGAGGCGGCGUCCAGAGAUAUUUGAUGCAGUUCUCAGAUGGCGAGCUGACCAAAGCCGACGGCGUAGGCUUCGUGUUCGCAUCGCGCGUGCCGUGUGCCAAGAACAUUCAGAAGAUCGAGUCUCGGUCUUCGUGAACCAGCGGGGCCGCAUCUGCAUGCGGGUCUUCGGGGACAUCCUGAAGGCCAAGAAGCACGUGCGGGCGCUGCAGGUGGGGGACUGGAUCGAGAUGGCCAUCGACCUGGAGAACAGCACCGCGACCUUCAAGGUAUGGCCUUACGAAAUGGUUGCCUCAGGUUACAUGACUGAGCCGGAGUCCUGCGCAGAGUUUCAUUAUGGGAGAAACGGCUGGCACAGGCCAAUCAGUUGUCGGCCAAGCCUGUAAAGCUCAACGUCGGCCACUUUGCCUGCGUAAUCCAAAAUGUGGGGGUGACAGUGUCAAUGGGCUCUUAAUUAGUUCAUGGUGAAUGGGGGUUUCACACGAAUGCGAUUUGAUCACGCUGUGAGCCAUUCUUUUUUUUUUGCAUUAUCAACGUCUCACCACUUUUGCACAGUCUCAAGUGCUUUUCCGUGCAGAGAUCAGCAGUGUACAGCGAUUUCACGCGCUAAUAGUUGCCAUCGCAACAUAUACCGCUUGCGACUCGGUCGACAGGCAGCGAC